AUGAAUCAAGUUGCAAGUAACAUUAAAAAUAAUUUUGAUAAAUCUACUGUUGAUAGUAUCUCAGAUGAGGAUUACUCUCAGUAUGAAAUACUAAGGCCGCCCUUUCCCCUUCGAAUCACUGUAGAGGACUUACUUAAAAAGAAUGAUCAUAAAAAUCGUCAAACUUUAAAAACCGUAAAUUCAUUUUUCAUUUAUCGGAAGGCUAUGGUGAUGCAAAAUGAAAAGGGAAAGAAAUGUGAUAUGCCGAAACUAUCCAGGAUUGCUUCUAAAUUUUGGAAACAAGAACCACCGCAUAUUAAAAAUGCUUAUAAAAAACUAGCUGAAGACGCGCAAGAACUUUUCUCUAAGCAAUUCGGCUUACUACGAUCCAUUAAAGCUGGAAAAAGCUCUUUUACUGUAUCGGGCGUAGCCGGUCCAUUUACUAUAUGGACUAUGCCAGAUAAAGAGAAUAAGAUAUCAUAUGCGCCACAAGAAAAACCUAAUAAUUUAGCAAAUAAUGGGGAAUUGAUCGGAACUCGGUGA